AUGAGCAAGUCCAAGUACGUGACGCUGGAAUCGGCCGACGGUUUUGUAUUUGUUGUAGAGCGCGAGGCAGCUUAUGUGUCAGGCACUUUAAGGGGCAUUUUGGAGAGCAAUUCUGGGUUUAUUGAGGCCGAAAGCAAUCAUGUAAAGCUGCCGAAGAUUACCGGUCUUUUGUUGGAAACGGUGAUUGACUAUUUCUACUUUAAUCUCAAGUACCGAGACCGUACAAACGUCCCGAGUUUUGACAUUCGUCCAGACAUUGCAUUGGAGUUACUGAUGAUUGCGGAUUAUCUUGAUGAUCAAGGCCUUCAAAUGAAAAUUACGCCCAAAAUUUCUGUUCCCCUUAAGGGCAUGGCCGACUCAGAUUGGGUCGCGCCACUUAAAAUUUACUUCUCUACCACGUACGGGUCGGCCGACGCGUACGUUGAUGAUAUUAAUACCCUCAACCAGUUGCGCCAGAACUCCCGCGGGGCCGCUUGUGAUGCUAGUGGCCGGGCCGCUUUGUUUCGUUACUACAAGCAGCUAGAAUUGUUAGAACUACGGGUGCCCGUAAAUGAAACAAGUUGCCGUAUUAACUUUACGUGGCAAGACGCGUGCAGCAAAUCCCCAACAACACAGCAUUCACUUGCUUAUGAAAAGGCUUCCUUGUUGUUUAACAUUGCAGCCGUCAACUCACACAUUGCAACCGAGUCUGAGGAUCUCAAAGCGUCCUAUAAGGCUUUCCAGCAGUCGUCUGGGUUGUACCAGUUUAUCUUUGACAAGUUUCUGCAUGCACCAAGCACAGACUUGACUCAGGAGACCGUCAAAGCUCUUUCUAAGCUUAUGCUUGCACAAGGCCAGGAGGCCUUUGUCGAAACUCUCAUUCUCAACGAAGCCUCGAAACCGUCUUUGGUGUCGAAGCUGGCCAAGGGAACCAGCAAAAUGUACGAAACUGCAGCUGAACUACUUCAAGCUAUUUUUACUGAAAAAGCAUGGGGCCAAAAGGCAUGGCAUCAGUAUGCAACCAUCAAGUCCAAGUACUACCAAGCAGUUUCGCACCACUUGCAAUCUAAGGCAUGCGAGAAUAGCUCCAAGUAUGGCGAGGCUAUUGCUCAUUUGAGAGUUGCAUUGGCUGAACUCCAAGAACUCGCAACUUGUGUUGUUCCUACAGCUUAUGCAAAGUUUUCUGAUGACAUUGCCAACUUGACCAAAACGGUUGAGGAGGAGGUGGCCACUUUAGAAAAGGACAAUGACUACAUUUACCACAAUGACAUACCUAACACAUCAUCUAUAGGCGAGGUGUCAUCCAUGGAGGCUGCUAAGCCUAUUCCCUAUUCUGAACAAAUCAAAGAGGAAGAAUCGCUGUUCUCCGAAAAGGAAUUGUUCAAGACAGCCAUCCCCAUGGCGAUCCACAGACAAACAAGUUUAUACUCUGAGGAAAAGGCUAAAUUGCUUCGUGCAGAAGACGAAAAAAUUGAGAUUGCUGACGAGGAAAUGGCCUCGGCACUUGAGUUUUUGAAGUUGCCCGGAGAACUCCGAUCGAUUAAGGAGGAUUUGUCUGGAUCGUCUGCCGAUAUCCUGAGUCUUGGACAUGCCCAAAACAUUGAUCCUCAAGUCAAUGACUGGGCAUCUAAGGUUUCUGCAUCUCUCCCUGUGGAAACGGCCAUAAGCGAUCUUGAGACCCAAAAGCGCUCAGUGUACAAAAAUGUGAAAGAGGUUGAGGCUAUUUUACACACGGAGGAGCGUGAGUAUGCUGAAAAUGAGCGUCAAUACAAGCACAAGUGGACUCAAGCCCCGUCUUCGGUGAUGAACUCUGGGUUAUAUGAUGACGUUACUCGUAUCAAGGGCGAUUUGGCCAAUAGUUCCAAGGCUGACGAACUGGUUUUCCAAAGUAUUCAAGCGCAAAAGAAAUAUUUGGAUAUUUUGCGGGCUGGACCUACCAACCCUAAGUUAUUGGAAAGUUUUCAAGCUACUGAGUCCCCUGACUCUAGUUCUAGCGGGCCCAGUUUGCUUGAUUUAGACACAUCUCCAGAUUCUAAUCUCUUAGGUUUGAUUGACGACUGUGAGAGUUUGAUUCAAAUGUUGAAUACUCUCAAAAAGGAACGUCAGGCCUCAUUUGCUGAUUUUAAGCAGGUUGUUCAUGAAGAUGACAUUUCAACCAUUCUCGUUUUGAAUCAACGGCGACCAGAUGCAGAAGAAAAUGUGUUUAAAGAGGAACUAUCUAAGUUCCAGCCGUAUAUUACACGGUUUGAGCAGAUGAAGGAACGUCAAAAAGACUUGCUGAAGCAGAUUACUCUUUUGUGGAAGCAGAUUUUGGAAAGCCCUGCAGUUCAAACCAAGAAGAAGUCUAGAGAUAAUACAUCUGGAAAGCGCGAGGCUCUAGUCGAGAAGUACCGGGCGGCGUAUGCAGCCUGGAAAGACUUUGAGACUGGUGUGCAGAAUGGGCGCCAGUAUUACCACCGGCUGAGUGACUUUGCGAGCUCAACACUGGCCAAUGCCAAGGACUUGGUCAGCAACCGACGUGAAGAGGCAGCCAAGAUUGGGAACUCAUUGGAAGGGUCUGUUGCACAAAACAGCCAGGACUUGUUGCGCGAGCAGCUGGCCAAGUUGUCUGUUGCAAGUGACCAAAGCUCGUACGGGAAGCAAAGCUAUGCACCAAGUUAUAUGCAAAGCUAUACACCUUCUACACAGGCUCCACCUGUUCAAGCUCCAUCUGCUGCUCGAUCUGUUGUUGCACCGGUGCAAUCCUCAGCUUCUCAACCCUCGACUCCUCAGGCUACUUCUGGGGGAUCUCAAUGGGACUUGUCUUUGUUUGAUAAGCCCCCGGUACCUCCCAAGCCUCAACAGCAGCAGCAGCAGUCUUCGGUUCCGCAAUAUGCUCAACCAUACAUUCCACCACAACAGCAACCGCAGCAGCAGCAACAACAACAACAGAAUUAUGCUUCGCAACAGCCUCAGUACACGCCACCUGUUCAUCAGUAUACUCCUCAACAACAGCCAUUGCAGCAGCAGUACACUCCUCAACAACAACCAUUGCAACAGCAGUACACUCCUCAGUAUGCUCCUCAGCAGCAGCCACCACAGCAGCAGCAAUAUACGCCCCAGUAUACUCCCCAACAGUAUGGCAAUCCUCAACAACCACAGUAUCAACAGCAGCAGUACCAACAGCAGCAGUCUUAUGCUCCGCCAGUCCAGGGAUAUGCUCCUCAGCAGCAGCCACAAUAUGGCCAGCAAUACCCAGCGAGUGGCCAAAAGGACUAUAGCUCCCUGCCACCUCCCCCACCACCACCAUCUAACAACUACCGCAGGUUCUGA